AACGACUCCAUUGUUUGCUUAUCUAGCUAUCUAACAACUUGCAAGGCAAGUAUCACGGUCACGUUCAUAUUACCCACCUUGAUGCAGCAGACUCUCCCACUGUGGUUCCAGCAACAGCUUUUCCAGAACCUUCCAGCCAGUGGAGGGAGUAUGAGACCCCAGCUCCUCUCAGGUUAAACCCAAAGGCCACACUCUGGAACACCACUAAACUCCGGAACACCCAGAACACUGCACAGCUCCAGGACACAGAAUACAUCUCACACAGUGCAAGGAAACUUCUGGAGGCCAUCCCUAACAACAGCAGCAGCUUGGCAGCCAGAGGUGUGCAGCAGCAGUUUUCUUAUGGUUGCCAUAGCAACACCCACCGAUGGCAAACAGUGCAGUCCAGGACCGCUUUGCUCUGUCUCCUAGCUCAGAAGGAUCCCCAUGGCAACGGCAGCAGCAUUUGUCAGCUUCAUCAGAGAGUGAGAAGAGAGUAGAGCGAGAUGGGGAGAGAGACAUCAGCACAGUUGGGAUGUGAGCGGCUCAGUGUAUGCAUGAGGGGCCGUGGGGAUAUCACAGGAUCCUUUCAGGAUGGAGGCAGGCGGGAACUAUUAACCUCCUCUGCUUUGUUUUGUGUAAAGCUAUAUGUAUUUGGUUGUUUUAAAGUCGUCUGAGGCAGAAUUUGUAAAUCGUUUUAAUUGUUGUGAUGUUGAGUUCUGCCUGUGAUUAUUUAUAGUACUGACCUUCCACUUACAUGGAUGGAUGUACGUUAUUGGGUAGUUUGGCUAGUUGAUGUGGUAUAGUUUUGUAAUAAGCCUAUGUUUGAAUUGUAUCCAUAUGUGUAAACCUAAGAGAGAAGGCACUGUUUUGUCAUUUGCUUUUAGGAUCAUUCAGACUGUAAAAAAAAAAAGAGUUUGCGCUCCACACUUAAAUCAAGCAAAACUAUUGGUGUUGGAAUUGUAUUGAGCCUCGCCUGGCACGCAGGCCCAGUGUUGGAAUAAAUGGCACAAACCCUUUUUCUUCCCAUGCCACACCUUUUUCUGCCUUAUUCUGUUGACUGAUGAUGGCUGCUCUUUCAUUUGGCUGUCUGUCACAAUCCCUGGUGCACAAAUAGAGUGAGAAUUGUCCACAUACAGCCCACAUAACAACCUCGCCUGCUGCUGGUAGUCAUUCAGCCUGAUCUGUAUUGCACAGACUCUGAAUAAAAACCAGACUCCAUCUUCUCUUUUUGUGGCGUUUCUAGCUUCCCCUGCCACUGAUGGGCUGGUCUAUGAAACUAAAUCAUGUUUUCUUGGUUAUUUGUUUAGGUGCAUUUAUUUCAUGUGGUCAGACUCUGCAUUAUACAUCAUAUACUGUCACCUCAGAGACAUCAGUGCUUGUAAUUUAAAGUGAGUCUGAAAUGUAUCAAAACACAGUAUUCACAAAUACACACAUGUGCAACCAGUACCCAUGUAGCCUAACAGCAUGGCACAUUUUUGGUGCAGUGAAAGCAACAUUGUUUUGGAAAAGCAGCGGCAUGGUGCAGACUCUUUCUUGGCCAAGGAUGGAGGACCACACCACCAAGAUACAGUACCGUGCCAGGCCAGCGGUAUGUGGAGACUGCAAUAAACUACUUUUCCUCCCUCCCUCUGCUGCCAUUGUUUUUCUUUCUUCACUCUCCUUCUCUCCCAGUUGAAUAACAGGGGAAAAUGAUUCUCUGCCUGCCUACUGGGUGUUGUUAAUCAGGAAGGGAGACUGGGGGAAAAGGGGAAGGAAGGGGCGGAGGGUGCGCAGAGCAGGCUACUCUUGUCUGUGCAGUAGGUAAACAAUCGAAAAUUAGGGAAAAUAUCUCUAGUUCAACUAGCCCAGUGUUAUUUUUAUUGCAGAGGGAUCGACUCUCUUAUUUUAGCCAUCACACUGUGCGUAUAUUUUCUUUUGGCGAAUAUAUUAAACGUUAUUGUAAUCACACAUGCCUAUUGCAAUGAAUGUUGCCAAAUUAAAUCAGAUUAUCAACAUAUUUUAAUCAGAAAUUAAAAAGAUAAAGGUAUAUUAAAGGCUUUCGCUCCAUUACCUAAUGGUAGCCUAUAGCCAGGCGUUUUCCUUUUAACCAGGUUUUUUGCUCGAUAGUGGUUUGAUUAAGAUAAUGCUUUUUGAUGCUCCUGCACUGCGAAAAACCAACACAACGCAUAACAAAUUGAAUUGUUUCGUAAUCGUAAAUUGCUUUAUGCUAUUGAAGGUUUCGUUUUGCUGACAUAAGCAAAAGUAACCUAUUUGAAACAUAAUACAUUUGUAUUUAAUAAUAAUUAAUGUAUAUUAAUGAUAUCUAAUAUGACAUCUAAUAUAAUAUAGUAUUGACACAUUAUUUCGCAGUAGUAAAAUACAUUCAAAGUCCAGAGUUGUAGAAACCCAUAUUCUGCUUUAUGUAAUUUGGUCAGGAUUGUGCGUUAGUGUUCGCUCCCAGUCCAUUCAAAAGAUUAGAAGGGAGUGGUUUGAGCUUUGCGUGUUAGGAAAGCAACAAGUGGCAUGUCUUUUUUUUCUUUUUUUUUAUGAACUGCGGAACGUGGUGCCUACGUCACUGCUCUAGCCAGGUGGCAUUCCAAACUGGGGAGAGGAGACGUGGAGGCACAAUCAAAAUUUCAAAUCACAAACCGAGUCAGGAUGUGAGACGCGUGUAAAGCACAUUUCAGUCCUACAACCGAUCACUGCUCGUCACCGGCAUCAGAAGAGGAGUAGGGAAGGAAGAGGGUUCCUUUUUUGGGGCAAAUUCACGGACUGAAAAUAAAAAUUGCAAUCAUAAUCUGGGGGGAAAAGGACCAGGGCAAGGGACAUUCAACAUGUCUUCUGCACACGUAUCCUCAUCUCGGAGACAGUCAUGUUACCUGUGCGAUUUACCCCGUAUGCCGUGGGCUAUGAUUUGGGAUUUUACGGAGGCAGUGUGCAGGGGUUGUGUGAAUUAUGAAGGUGCAGAUCGGAUCGAGUUUGUUAUCGAAACUGCACGCCACCUCAAACGUGCUCAUGGUUUCCAAGAGGGGAGAUCCCCCGGUCCACCGCCGCCGCCCACAGUCAAAACCCAGGCGGCAAUAUCAGGCAAGGAGACGGUGCAAAUCAACCAUGUGGACGGACCAUCUAAACAACAACAACAACAACAGUCGGGGAUGGACCGCUACUCUCUGAACGCAGAGAGACCUCGCUUUGACUACUCCAGUAUUGGCGCCCAUGCCAGCAGACUUCCGAAUGGAAUGAGCGGUCCAAAUGGGUUCCCAAAACCGGACGAUGGUCCCCCAGAGUUGAACCGACAGAGUCCGAACUCCCGUCGGAGCCAUGGUCUAGUUGCGGUCCCAGGACAAAUGAAUGUCCCCCCCAACCUUCUCCCACAGACCAUGUUGAAUGGACCCUCCUCGGCAACAGCCAUAGCCUCGCAUAGCCUGUCUAGCCGCCCCCCACCAUCCAUUGUGGGACCCUCUUUGUCCACGUCCUCUCAGUCAGAACAAGGUAAACGACCAGGUUCUGUGUCAAGCACUGACCAAGAGAGAGAUCUGAAAGAGAAACAGCGUAAUGCGGAGGCUUUGGCUGAGCUUAGUGAAAGUUUAAGAAAUAGAAACGAAGACUGGGCAAACAAACCGAAAAUAGUAAGGGACACUUUGCUUACUCUUUCAAACAGCUCCCCGUUUGAUGUGAGAUUUAAAAAGGAUCAUUCACUCGUGGGCAGGGUGUUUGCUUUCGAUGCAGUGUCAAAGCCUGGCAUGGACUAUGAAUUGAAAAUAUUUAUCGAGUACCCAAGUGGAUCUGGUAAUGUAUUUUCCAGCGCAUCGGGGGUGGCCAAACAAAUGUAUCAGGACUGCAUGAAGGACUUUGGCAGAGGGCUCUCCUCGGGUUUUAAAUAUUUGGAGUAUGAGAAAAAGCAUGGUUCUGGGGACUGGCGACUCCUGGGUGAUUUGUUGCCCGAGUCGGUCCGAUUCUUUAAAGAGGGGCUGGGGGUUGAAAUGUUGCCACAGCCCUACAUUGAUGCCAGCUGUCCAUUGCUGCCCACUGCUUUGGUCAACAUCCCUCGUGGCUUGCCAUCUGCGAGUGCCCCGAGGAUUGGCGUGCGUAAGCGUAAAGCCUCCCCAGAACCUGACUCCGCAGAGAGCGCGCUGAAACUAUCUGAACAAGAACAACAGAGGCAGCAGUGGAUGGCCAGCCAGAGCGAGGCGUUAAAACUGACGAUGGCAUCCGGAUCAUUCGGUACCUCACACGGGGCACCCCCACCGCUCGGCCCUGGUCAUUCUGUUCACUCAAGCCGCGCUACGCCCCCUGAAUCAACGCCCCAGAAUGGACAGUCUCCAAUGGCCGCGCUCAUGUCUGUCGCGGACACGUUGGGCAAUGCGCACUCCCCGAAGGACAACAACUCAGUUCACUCCACCACAUCCACCAGGCAUAACAGCAGCAGCCCGGUUUCGCCCGCCUCUGUUUCGGGGCAGAGGCGUUUGGCUUCCCGUAACGGAGAGCUCAAUCUAUCUGGGGGUCCCUCCCAGUCCAAUGCGCAUUCUGGCAUGGAUCAGGUCCACGCGCAAAACAUUCCAGAUUCGCCCAUGGCUAACAACGGACCUCUGUGUUGUACCAUUUGCCACGAACGUUUAGAGGAUACCCAUUUCGUUCAGUGUCCGUCAGUUCCCAACCAUAAAUUCUGUUUCCCUUGUUCCCGAGAGAGCAUCAAAGCGCAGGGAGCAACUGGCGAGGUGUAUUGUCCUAGCGGAGAAAAAUGCCCCCUGGUAGGUUCUAAUGUGCCUUGGGCGUUCAUGCAAGGUGAGAUAGCAACAAUAUUAGCUGGGGACGUUAAGGUAAAAAAGGAGAGGGACCCAUAGAUAUGUCCUAUGGCUUCCCAUAGAAACGUGCAUUUUAGUCCAAUAUAUACAGUAUACACAUGUGAAUACUCAAAACGUACAAAAAAUUGUUGAUGUACAGAGACGUCCCUCCUUCUCAUAUUUCUGUUUUUUUGAAGCAACGGAAUAGUACAGUAUGUGAUGUCACCUAAUUUUAUGGGGGGUGUUUUGACGGGUACUAGUGUUGUAUUUGGAUGACAGUGACGAGUCAAAGCACGUUCACUUUGUUAUCACUGCUGCCGUUUUCCCCUCCAACUCAUGCACUUAUCUCAUUAUAAAAAGGCCAGUUUAAACUCCCAAUGAAUACAUGUCUGUAAAAUGAAAAUACGCAUAGUAAAUAUCCAAUAACAGUAAUGACAAUUUGCCCUAACUCCUAUAUUGGGUACAAAUCAUUCUGAUUACUUUUUUUCGUUUAUUUAAUAUAUUCAUUUUUUAGUUUUUUUUUUACAGCAAGUAUCUCUUUUCUUCUUGUGAUCGAAAAUAUUUUACUACGUGUUAUUCAUUUCUCUUCCCGUUUGCUUUGAUGAUGCACGGAUGCUUAAAAAGGUAGAGCAAAAUGCUGUACAUUAAUGUAAACUGUUUGUUUAUACAUUUCUGUAGUAACAGAAGACUUGUAAUGUGCCUUGGAGCUGAGUAAAUUGUAAUAAAUUCCAUUGA